AUGAUUCAACUAGAAUUUACACAAAAAAUGAAUCGCAGUCCUGGAUCCUCCUUGACGAAAAAAGUUUGGAAUGCGGUAAGAAAUGAUGAUACUCCCAACGAAGAGAAAUUUUUAGGUAUAACUACUCGCAAAGUAAAAAAUCUUCAAACUCGAGAUCAAUUUAAUCUAUGGCGUAAUAAUAUUCUUGCAGAGUAUGAAAAAGAAAAAAACUUUAAUAUGUUCUUUCUCUAUUCUAAAUUAGAAUAUGAAGAAUAUUAUAUUCCGGGUGAUUGGAUAAGUUUCAAGAAACAUCAAUUACAACAAAGAUUGAGGAAUCAUGUUGACAAGUUGUUCAUUGAACGAGGUUAUAAAAUUGUCUGGGGAAGUUGGGAUACGUUGCUGAAAUGUAUCAAAAAUCCAGAUGAUAAUUAUAUUAUUGAUAAGUAUGGUCUUCGUAUUGAUAGAAUAUAA